UGUUGUUGAGCUGGUUGUUAUGGCUGGACAAGGCCUCGGACUCAAUUGAAAGAGGACCCCGCAUCACCCCGUCUCCGCUACGGGACACCCGCCAGCCAUGGAGGGCACGGACAUGGACGUGGACGCGGAGCUCAUGCAGAAGUUUAGCUGCAUGGGCACCACGGACAAGGACGUCCUCAUUUCGGAGUUUCAGAGGCUCCUGGGCUUCCAGCUUAACCCAGCCGGCUGCGCCUUCUUCCUCGACAUGACCAAUUGGAACCUGCAAGCUGCUAUUGGUGCAUAUUAUGACUUUGAAAGCCCCAGUGUCAACACGCCAUCCAUGUCCUUUGUUGAAGAUGUGACAAUUGGGGAAGGAGAGUCAAUCCCUCCAGAUACAGCGUUUACAAAGACCUGGAGGAUACAGAACACAGGUGCAGAGUCGUGGCCACCGGGGGUUUGUCUCAAGUACAUCGGUGGAGAUCAGUUUGGGCAUGUGAACACAGUUAUGGUGAAGUCUCUAGACCCACAGGAAAUAUCAGAUGUGAGUGUGCAGAUGCGAAGUCCCACAAAUCCAGGCAUGUACCAGGGCCAGUGGAGGAUGUGUACGGCCACUGGAUUAUUUUAUGGAGAUGUAAUCUGGGUGAUUCUUAGUGUAGAAGUUGGAGGUCUCCUCGGCGUGACUCAGCAGCUUUCCUCCUUCGAGACAGAAUUCAAUACGCAACCCCAGCGCAAUGUGCAGGGAGACUUCAACCCCUUUGCCUCGCCACAGAAGAACAAACACGAUGCCACUGAUGACAGCUUCAGAGAUCCUGGUGGAGCCUGGGAACAGACACAAGAGCCAAUCCAGCAAGAUCAGAAUGGACUGUCUCAUAAUGCUGUAAAUAGAGUGUCAAAUGGUCUCCAAACCAAUCUUUCCAUGGUGACUUAUGGCCAGGGUAUUCAUGGUCCAUAUCCAUUUGGAAAGAGCUAGAAUGACAAAGACCCCCUCCCUCCCUCUCCUAUGGUGAAUAAUGAGCUUGACAACUUGGGAGUCUUUAAAUGCAGAGGAAUUGGAGGGGGAAGAACAGUUGUUUUUUUUUUAUUGACUCAUGACAACUCUUUUCCCCAAAUUCAAGGACCCUUUCCAUUGAAACACAAAUGACAGAUAGGAGAUGAAUCACAUCUGCUACGGUGAAACAUCCCAUCUGACAUCAACACCUGGAUUCGCAUGUGUGAAUGCUUCAUUUAGGAGUGCUGUAAAUCUGCAAAGACAGAUACACAUGACUUUUUUUAUUUCCACUGUAAGACAUAAGACAUGCCUAAUUAAAGAGGAAAUCACCCUAAACAAUCUGCAUACAGUUUGGUAUUCUCUUGGGCAGCUGAACACUUUCUCUUUUUGGGGUUCCUACACAGGUCUGGAAUAGUGUGAAAAUGGCUGUAGCUCCAAAAAUAUAGCAUUAUGGAUCAGUUUUAGGUCUUCAUAAAUGUUUAACAGAAGAUUGACAAGUUGAAAUAAAAUGCAUGUGAACUGUUUUCACCACACCAAAUUAUCUUUUAUUACACAUGUUUGGAAGUCUUUUAGAUGACAGCCUUACGUCACUGCAACUGGUCUGACUUGUUCUAGGAUAAUUUCUACUUUUUAUGGCUUGUCCAGUCAUGACAGAAGAUAAUUGAAGUUGCCAGAGUCAUCUCUGCCUUUAGAUCAUAUUCACUUACUACCUGAAUAGAUAUUGAUUGUAAAGAUUCUCACCUUCUUUUUAGAUUUCCAUUCAUUGGACAACUUACUAAAGGGGCAGUUAGAGACACUCUCUGCCAGAGCCCUAUUUGCUUAUUUAAAUGAAAGUAAUCUAGAUUUGUUUAUAGGGUCUUUAUUUGAUGAUGAUGUCCUGUAUGUGAAAUUUAUUUUUGUCUACAAAUAUUGGUCUGCCCAGCCCCAAAUGGAACAUGCACCAUGUGGCCAUGAAAAGUCCAAAAUAGGGCUGUUUAUACACUAAAAUAUUCUGCUGUGAUCUUAAGUCUGAUUUUGGCUUCAGAAAAAUUUUCUGUUUUUGUUUUAAUUUGUCAAGAGUUUCAGGUCCUGCAGUAACUAAUUUCAGCCUUAUCAUUCUACAAGUUUUAUUUUCUUCAUUGGGUCUCUUUAUUUUUGGCUGAGAUGAGUUGACCAUUAAAUAUUUUGUUUAAAGUCUAAAGUUGAUUUAGUAUAAUACUUAAAGGCUUGAAAUGGCAGCUUUGGACCCCAUGCCCAAUUCUUCCACUUGGCCUUACUCUUCUGUUUUGCAGGGAAAUGGUGACCCCCUUUCUUCUAAGGAUCAAUGAGUAAGGAUCAUGUGGUCAUUCAGCUUUAUUGUUGGGUCUUGUGCUUUAUUGGCCUAUUUGCUUUGGCAUUAUCAGUUUUAAAUUCAAUACAUGCUCAAAGAUUAAAAAAAAAAAAAAUCAUACCUCAGAUUAUCUUUUUGAGGGGUGCGGCACAUUAAUGAGCGAUAAAUAACCUAAAAGUUCAAGUUGCAUUGCUCUGAUUUUCCCACAAAGUGACAUUGCGCUAACCAUUCCUGUCCAAGAGUAUCAUAUCAGAAGAGAUCCUAAUGCUCAAGGUUUAUGUUCUAGAUGAAGUGGCAUCUUUGCAAAGAAAUUGGGAUAUUUAGUGUAGGAACCCCAUUUGUUUUCCAAAGAUAAUAUCCAGAGAACCAAGACACUACUCAGUGCUGCCCUGAAGCUGCAGUCUGCAAGAGCCUGAUUCAGACUGCAUGGGAAGAGAUGUGUUGUUUUUAGGGUGGAUUUUCGCUUUAACUAGAUGCUGAAGUGCAAAAAAGAUGUGAGUUUGAGUAAGUGAGGUGUGAAGAAGGGUUGAAAAAGCCAUCUAAAUCUAUUUUGCCUGGUGAGUGACUGUAGUUUGAGUCCAUGUCUACAGUAUGUGUUCUAAAUCUAAAUAUGUAUGCGUGUGUGUACCUAUUAAGUGUGCAUGUAUGUUACUGGUUUCUCUGAAUUAAACUGACAAAAUGGUGUAUACUACUUGGGUAAAAGGAUAACUUGACACAUACACAUUAUUACUGAAAGAGCUUUAAAAGGCGUGUACCUCAGAUUCUUUUUUUUCUUUUAGUGAUUCUGCAUUAUUUGGGUGAACUUAAUCAAUAAGGGCCCUGAUGUUAUUUAUUUGCUGUCUUUUUGUGCACUGAAUAUGUCCCAAAUACAGCCAGCAGGUGGUGCUAAAAAUCAGAUGACCAGCUCAGACGUGCUGAGUACCCUGUUUAAAAGAUAAGAUAACAUCAAAAGAUCAUCAGAGAAGGAGACUGCGGUUUACAUCAGCGUUAUUAGCACUGGUGUUCUGUUAACUUCUAUUUGCACUAUGCUGUCAACCACCUCUGAUGAGCAAAAGGAAGAGAUUUUUGGCUUUUUUGUGGAUUGUGACACCAGCAUUAAAAGAAAUAAAAAAGUAAGGUUGUUUGUCACAGUUUCAACUUUUAAACUUGGAUUUCAUUGUUAAACAUCAGUUUGACUGCUGCACCAAUGUGUGAUGUUAAAAUGAAGAUUAAUUUUACCCAUUGUUUGAUCAAAUGAAAAGGUUGUUUGCUGUUACACCUGUUUUAUUUUAGCCUUGCUAUGUUCAUUAUGUGAUUUUUAAUGUAUUCUUGAUGGAAAUUUUAUAUAUAUAUAUAU